AAUAUUUGCAGAUUUGUAAGUUCUUCACUUUGGCAGAACUCUACAGAAGCGGCGGCGUUAGGUCUCACCGGCGAAAAUCAAACAAAAAGCAAUCAGCCAUGGGACACAGCAACGUUUGGAAUUCUCACCCCAAGACCUACGGUCCUGGUUCACGCACUUGCCGUGUGUGUGGAAAUUCACAUGGAUUGAUUAGGAAGUAUGGCCUUAUGUGCUGCAGGCAGUGCUUCCAUAGCAACGCCAAGGAAAUUGGUUUCAUUAAGUACCGUUGAAGAGCUGUUUUUUUUCUUUGGAUUGCCAAGGUUAGGUUUCUGCAGUAGGAUGUUGGGAGGUCGUUUGUUUGAAGAAAACUUUUUUUAGUUAUUAUUUGCAGAAAUUUGACAAUGGUUUUUGUUAAUUUAUCAAACUUUGUAUUGUUGAAUUAAUAUUGAGGAUCCUUUUUAUAUAACAGCUUAUUUCUGUUGACUUA